UCAACAUCUCACAUGACUUAGAUCAGCACCAUUUUGGAUUUCCUGGUAGGAAAGCGGGUAUCUGUCAACACACUUCCGAUGGUUUCCUUGUGAUUUACCCUCCUGUCACCCCAAAGAUGGCUUUGAAGAAAGUUAAAGGGACGCUCGAAAGAGUGCUUGACAAAAAUCUUCAAGAUUUGGUCCGCGGAAUAAGGAAUCAUAAGGAAACAGAGAGUAAAUACGUAGCAGAAUGUUUGGAGGAGAUCAAGCAAGAGUUGAGGACGGAGAACAUGGCAGUGAAAGCCAAUGCUGUCAACAAACUGACCUAUCUCCAGAUGUGCGGUUACGACAUCAGCUGGUCAGCCUUCAAUGUCAUUGAGGUGAUGAGUUCCACCAAGUUCACAUUCAAGAGAAUUGGCUAUCUGGCUGCGGGACAGAGUUUCCAUGAGGGCACAGAUGUACUUAUGUUGACUACAAACAUGAUCCGUAAGGAUCUGAUCAGCACCAACAUGUAUGAUGCUGGAGUGGCACUCAACGGCCUGGCUUGCUUUGUAUCUGCUGACCUGGCCCGUGACCUCGCCAACGACCUCAUGACCUUGAUGACGUCCACCAAGCCGUACCUGAGGAAGAAGGCUGUACUGAUCAUGUACAAGGUGUUCCUACAGUUCCCUGAGGCCCUCAGACCAGCCUUUCCCCGACUCAAGGAAAAGCUGGAGGACUCCGACCCAGGUGUACAGUCGGCGGCAGUGAAUGUGAUCUGUGAGCUGGCAAGAAAAAACCCAAAGAACUACUUGUCUCUGGCCCCACUCUUCUUCAAGCUGAUGACUAGCUCCACCAACAACUGGGUCCUCAUCAAAAUCAUCAAACUGUUUAGUGCACUGACCCCUCUGGAGCCUCGACUCGGAAAGAAACUUAUAGAGCCCCUCACCAAUCUAAUUCACAGCACGUCUGCCAUGUCACUUCUGUACGAGUGCAUCAACACUGUGAUAGCGGUACUCAUUUCUAUAUCUUCAGGCAUCCCGAACCACACCGCCUCAAUUCAGCUUUGUGUUCAGAAACUUAGAAUUUUGAUUGAGGACUCCGACCAGAAUUUGAAAUACCUUGGCUUACUAGCGAUGUCCCGGAUCUUGGCCAGUCACCCUAAGAGUGUUCAGUCCCACAAGGAUCUAGUGUUGCAGUGUCUGGACGACAAAGACGAGUCGAUCAGACUGCGAGCCUUAGACUUGCUGUACGGCAUGGUGUCCAAGAAGAAUCUGAUGGAGAUAGCCAAGAAGUUGAUGAUCCACAUGGACAAAGCUGAGGGCACACACUACCGUGAUGAACUGCUCGCCAAGAUCAUCGAGAUCUCCAGCCAGUCAAAUUACCAGUACAUCACCAACUUCGAGUGGUAUGUAAGUGUACUGGUUGAACUGACGCGCAUGGAAGGUACCCGUCAUGGACGGCUGAUUGCCUCACAGAUGUUGGACGUUGCCAUACGAGUACAGGCCAUUCGUCCUUUUGCAGUGUCACAGAUGGCUGUUUUAUUAGAGAAUUCACAUUUAUUGGCCAACAAUUCCCAAAGGAAUGGUAUCUGUGAGGUUUUGUAUGCAGCAGGGUGGAUAUGUGGCGAGUUCUCCGACCACUUGAAGGACCCGCGGGUGACUCUGGAAGCCAUGCUGAAGCCCAAGAUCACCGCCCUGCCUGGCCACAUACAGAGUGUGUAUGUACAAAACAUCAUCAAGUUGUUCGCUAAUGUCUUACUAGCGGCAGAGCAGGACGACAACCAGGACCUCAUGCGGGAGAUGGGGCAGCUCAUGGUGGAAAAACUCCCCAUGUUUGUACAGAGCUCCGACCUGGAGGUCCAGGAAAGGGCCUGCUGUGUGCUACAACUGGUAAAGUACGUGCUCAAAUUGAUGGACAAGGGAGUCAAGGUCGGGGAGGAGGUGGCCGCUCUGUUUGCUGGUGACCUCAACCCUGUGGCACCCAAGGCCCAGCGCAAGGUUCCCGUUCCUGAUGGACUCGACCUUGAUAAAUGGAUAAAUGACCCUCCGUCAGACAGCUCCGAUGAUGAGGUGGGUGGAGUGUCCAUCUUUAGCCUCGGCCGUGACGAGCACAGACCAUUCUACCAGACAGAGGAACCCAAGUCUGUCUAUCAGCCGACAGAAGAGGAAAUGGAAAAGCGACGUUCACAGCGGAAGAUUGACCAGAUGCACAACCCUCAUUAUCUCAAGGCAGAUGAAAAAUCCUCUAUAAGAAAGAGUGACGACCUCACCAAAGUGGACGACAUUCCCGUAGCCCAUAUAGACAUAUCCGUUCCCCUCCACGUGCCAGGCUUGUCUUCCUCAGACCAAUACAUGAACUUGUCCAAAAAAGAGAAGGAGAGAGGGAAGAAAGGACGCAAAGGCAAGCACAAACGUAAGAAGGGUCAUCAGGACGAGGAGUCGGACGAGGAUCCAGCUGCUGCCCAUCAAGUCAGUACAGUGGUGGAUCUUCCUGAGGGUGCCAGUGUGUCGGACAAUGAGGAGAACAAGAACUCGGAUGAAUUGUACAAAAAGCUGGACAUCAACUUGGAUGAGCCUUUACGAGAUGAUGAAGUGAUUCCGGUGAGACAACACCACAUUGUCUUAGGUUCUCCCCACAAUGAUCAGGAAGAAGGGGCUAUGGCGGAACAACCUCGACGGAAACACAGGAAGGCCAAGGACAAGGACAAGGAGGAUAAGAAAAAACAUAGAAAAGACGGCAAAGAGAAGAAGAGUAAGAAGCGUGAUAAGAAGCGAUCAGACGCCACAGACUCCGUAUCUAAUUUGUUACUGGAGACGGACACACAAAGUGGGCCCGAGGUGGAGAUGGUCACCAACGGUCCAACCACGGUGGAAACGCCACAGGCAAAUAACGUCCAGACAGAAAAAGAAGAUGACCUUGACUUCUGGCUAUCCAGUAACGGGGCUACACCCUCGCCUACGAACCCCACGGUUGUUGUGGAGAAUAUGGAUGUGGAGGUUGCUGGCUCCAGCGACGAGGAGGGAGACAAAAAGAAAAUAAAGAAAAAGAAAGAAAAGAAAACAAAGAAGGACAAAAAAGAUAAGAAGGACAAAAAGAAGAGACUGCGAGCAGAGUAUGAAGAGGCAGAUGGAAUUACUACCCCGUCAAAAGAACAACUACCCCCCGGCGCGACAGAAACACCACUUAACAACAAAAUUCCGCCGAUGUCAGGGUACAAGCAAUUAGCCGAAAAUGAUACAGUAAAAAUGACGUACGAGACGAGAGUGAACCCCACACGGACAGACCAAGUGGUUAUAUCUGUAGUGUUCCUAAACCUCACAGACAACCAAGUCAAGGACCUCGAGUUCAACGUGAUGGACACACUUAACACAAAAUUAAUAAGAGGUAUGGGUAGCACUCACCAUGAUGCUGUCAAAGUGCCGUUUGUACUCCUGCCGAAGUCCCAGAACGAGGGCCAGUUUGCCUUCACCGUACAAGGCAUCAACAUGCCACAGAAACUGAAAGGGACACUUACCUAUAUACUUAAGACUGAUGAUGGUGCAACCCAUGAUAAAGUGGACUUUAAAGUAGAGUUGCCGUGUUGUGCUUUCCUGACUAGUGUACCUUGUAGUGGGGGUGAUUUUGCUUCUCUUUUAUCAAGUGGAGAUUUAAAUGCCAAAUCUUCCAUUUCUGUCACCCCUUCAGACACGCAGUUUCAUCAUGUAUUAGCCAAAAUCUGCUUUUAUCAACAUUUUUCAGUUGUAGAACAAGUAUCAAAUAGUGCUUCACUGUACAGUCGAUCAAUACAAGGCCACCAUGUAUGUCUUCUAGUCAAAAUGAAUAAUGAAGAGCUGAAAGUAGACGGAAAAUGUUCAGACAACAACUUAAUUUCUAGUAUUGUACAAGAUAUCAAGAGCACGCUGGUCUAGCGGCCACGGAGGACAGAGACACUAUGCCUGCUCACGCCAGACACUCCAAACACUGGGCUAAACUCAAGAGAUUACCAUACUAAUGUCACCAACACCUGUCUUUAUCCUUCCAUGAUAAAAGCUGUCAUCUUCACGAAGUCCAAAGAGAUUGUUUCCUCUACGUCAUGUUUAUUUAAGUUUCCCCUCGUCAGCCUGUGAUGUAUCCCACUGUGUACACAGAAAAGGCUAUAUUUGGCUCAAACCUGAAACAACAGUGUCUAAUAACGAGACCUUGGGUGAUGCAGACUCGCUCUUGGACAUGAAAAUGUUGAUUUUCUAGACCUGAAAUUGUACAUAUCAAUGAAAUUCGAUAUCUACACUUUUCAGUUAAAAUGUUUAACUUUACUCGGUAGUUUUAUGUUAUUGAAUUAAAUCUUAAUACAUAUGUUUUCCCUAUUCUUUAUUAUCAUCAUUGAUAUACAUAUAAUAGGCCAUCAAAAAUAUUAUUUCAUAGUUUUUUGAAAAAUUAUUUCUCUGAAAUUUAAUUGUCAAAGACUGAUAAAAAGAUAUUUAUUUACCAGAAUAUUCUCUCAACAGUAUUUAACCCUUAAUAGUGUGUACAUCGGUGCAAUAUGGUCUCGUUAGUCUUAAUUGUCACCAAACUUUGGCAGGAAUUGUCAGACUGUAUCUUCAUUAAAUUUUCAUUAAAAUUUCAUUGAGUUUUCAUAAAAUAAUGGAGUACUGGCUGACUGUCACUUUCAGUUAUUUGUAUCUAAGACGGUAAUUUUACAAAGAGAGUGAACUUGAUGAGGGGGAAGUGUAUGCAAUAUUUCAGCACAUGUAUCCGAACUGUAUUUACCAACACUAUUUGUUUAUGUUCACAAUAUACAGAUGUAAAUAUAGAAGUCCUUUUUAAUGUCCCACAUACACAUUCUUAGCCCUGCUGUUGCUUAUGUUAUUGUUAGUUCUAAAACUGCUCCUGGUUUCUGCUUAAUAAUCGUACAAUUCAAAUCAUCGUAAGGGCUUAUCUCCUUACUCCCGUUGUGUGUGAUCAUUGGUUGGGGUAAUAUAUCUACUUACUAAACGUUUGAUCAUGUGAGGGGAGAGUAUAUGGUCAUCGAAGAGGGCGAUAUAUCAACUUACCAUACAUUUGAUCAUGGUAGGGGCUAUCGUUUUGAUCCCAAGUUUGUUGCGUGGUUACAAAUUUGUUUUUAAAUGUUGAAACACCUGUGCUCUUACGUGAGUUUAUGUUGAGAUAUUUGUGUGUCUGCGAGACUGUAGAAUAUGUUCACUGCUGUUAAUGUAUGAGUAAUCACGACGAGAUAACACAUCAGUUCCUGCACUAACAACUGUGAUAUCUGUCAACUCCACAAAACACACAUUCUUUACUUCCAUAUUUUCAUCCCCUAUCUGACAUUUAGUUAUAGAAAUGUCACCUUGUGUUAGAAUAGUUUAGGUUUUAUUAAGAAUGAAAAUUGCACUACAGAGUGAUUUAUCAUGAAGACAUUUGACAGCAGACUAUGUUUUGACUAAAUUUCUCGAGCCCUCUGUGAAAAUAUACUUGAAUUCAUGUACUUAUUAGUUCUCUAUACCUUUAUCAUCUCAAUAUGAGAUUGUGUACUCAGUCUGAUACUGAUAUUACUGUAUACCAGGAAAUAUUUGCCACAUUUCAAGUUUCACCUUUUUCGCCCUCCGUAUAUUGGUCAACAUUAACAACAACAUAAUGUACCCGGUAUAUACCAAAUGUAGUUAUUUUAUGCAAAGGGCGAAAUGAACAAUCAGAGAAUCGAAAGUUUGAAUGGGCAAGUUUUUCUCAGUAUACAGUACUAUUAUCAUUAACGAUGCUUACAAGUUUUCAUUAGUGUGUCCAAUAUUUAUGACUUGAAACACUUAUGUUAGUGAGGUGUUCUUGACAGUGCCAUUCAUCCAGGUCAGCAGACUUCUUUACUAAAUGUUGCAUGUAAAAUAUUCAUUGAAUAUUUGAUUUCUGUGUUUCAAUAGUAUUGUGUCACAAUGAUAAAGUAUUUUGUUUCCUUUCGGAAGUAAAACUCUUCCAUUCAUUAUAAAAGUUACCUUCUUAUAACAUCAUAGACAUCUUGAUAUUUCUGCAUUAAUUUCAAAUUAAGUGUGUUCUUAUUAUCUGUGAAUUCUUCAUAUAGAUGUGAUGAAAUUUGUUCCUUCAAAGGUGUGCUCAGGACGUCCAUUUUGAAUGAUAAUAUAUGUGAUUUGAGUGACGAAUAUGAUGAUGAGUAAUCAUCUGCAAGCAUUAAUUUUGUAUAGAAGUUAAUUUAGAAUGCCUGCUAUCUGUUCUGGUCGCUUUCUGUGUUGCACUUGAGCAGUCAAGGAUUUGUAUUGUGAUAUCUGGUAUAGACUUUUUGGGGAAGGCUAAAAAAGUUAAAAUGUGGUAAAAAGUUCCACAGCAUACGUUAUAUUCUCGAUUUUCAAGUGAAGCGUUCAUUAAAUUGUGUUGAUAAUCAAAUGCUUAUGUGCACAACCCAACCAGAUAUCUUCAUAUAGUUUAUCACUUCACAGUAUAACUUCUGAAUAAGCUGACUAGAUUUUGUUUUAAUGGCCCACAUUGUUGUCACAAUAAGCUAGCGUUUAAAUAGGGUGAUAUUUAACACAAGGUUUCUCUCAUUAAGUUAAGUUUUUCAUAAGUGGGAAUCCCAGUUUAUUGGUGAAAUGAAACUCGUUAUUAUUUACAGUUGUGUGUGGUAACCUAAGCAAGACAAAACAUUUCCUUCCAUGUAGCGUAUAUGUAUUCAGAAUGUUUAAAUGGUGUAAAUUUUAUUUUUCUGUAGUUGAAUAUCAGAGAUACCAAUUAUUGUGUUAUGAAGGUCUGUGAUCGCUGGCCCAUCAGGUUGUAUAAAUUGUGUGUUCAGAUUUGCCAGGAUAAUAGUAAAUUAUGGUGAGAGAUUGUGUCACUAUAUACAGAAAGCUUGGACAUACAGCAUGAAUGAAGUAUAUUUAUCUGUUAUCAUCAUGGACACACCAUCUGUUAAUAUACAGCAGGAAUUUAUUCGUCUAAUAAAAACGCUGUGUACAUGAAUAACG